AUGCCCGAAAAACUGCCCAAAUCUGUUUUAAUCACCGGAGCUAAUCGAGGGAUUGGCUAUGGUUUGGUCAAGGAAUUUCUGAAACAUUCGGAGGUGGAGUUUGUAUUCGCUGGCGUCAGGAAGCCCGAAUCGGCAAAGGAGCUCCUCGAAAUCCACGAUUCGAGGCUUAAAAUUGUGAAGUUGGACGUGACGAGCGAUGAAUCGAUCAAGGCUGUGGAGCAUCAGGUUGCCUCAAUGGUCGGUGAUCACGGCUUGAACUUGUUGAUCAACAACGCCGCCGUCCUCAUCCCCUAUUGGCUGAACGAGGAGCCGAAUCGGGCUAAUUUACUAGAGAUGCACAACGUGAAUUUGGUCUCACCAAUUGUGGUGGCUCACUUCUUCUUACCCCUCCUCCGAAAAGCCGCCCGCUCUGGCACUUGGGGCAUCUCCACUUCGGCCGUAAUUAACAUCUCUUCGGAGCUCGGCUCAAAUACUCGAUGCCAGGAGCCAGGGUCCGGACGCCUCGGGUUCAUUCCGUAUAAAUCGAGCAAGGCGGCCAUGAACCGAUUCACCGCAACGCUGAGCGAAGACAUCAAAAACGACGGAAUUCUGGUGGCCGCUUUCCACCCGGGUUGGGUUCAAACUGACAUGGGAGGACCGGAAGCACCUACUCCGCUAGCUGAAAGUGUCGGAAACCUGGUCAAAUCGUUCGGUCGGCUCGGAGAAGAACACUGCGGCGGCUUUUUCGACAAUGAAGGAAAUGUUAUUGAGUAC